AUGGACUAUAUGAAUCGUAUCUUCCAUCCUUUCUUAGACAAGUUUGUUGUGGUUUUCUUUGAUGACAUCCUUAUAUACUCCAAGAGUAGAGAAGAACAUGAGGAGCACUUACGCCUAGUCUUGCAAGUGUUAAAGGAGAAGCAGUUGUACGCUAACCUAGGGAAGUGUGAAUUUUGGUUGGAGGAGGUGAAAUUAUUAGGCCAUGUAAUCUCAAAGGAAGGUAUUACAGUUGACCCCUCCAAGGUUGAAGCCGUAGUUUCUUGUGAACAACCAAAAAAAGCCACUGAAAUUAGAAGUUUUAUGGGACUGGCAGGAUAUUACAGAAGAUUCAUUGAAGGAUUCGCCAAGAUUGUAGCCCCAUUGACACAACUCACUCGAAAGAAUCAAAUUUUUGCAUGGACGGAGGAGUGCGAGAAGAGUUUCCAUCUAAUCAAGGAGAAAUUGACUACAUCCCCUGUGUUAGUACUACCACAACUAGAAGAACCUUAUGAAGUUUAUUGUGAUGCUUCAUAUCAAGGUUUAAGUUGUGUACUUAUGCAGCAUAAAUAA